CGGUCUUCUCAUCACUACUUCUCUCUAAUUUGCACAGAGAAAAUAUCACUGAGAGUAAGAAGAAGAGCAACGGGAAAGAUGAGUUCCAGAGUUUUCCUUCUUCUCGGCCUUCUGGCAGCCAUUGUUUUCUUCGUGUCGGAGGCAGCAGCUCGGGAUUUGGCGGAGACAACCUCCACCGAUAAGAACGAUGCUAAUGGAGUAAACGACGCAAAGUACCCGGGAGGCGGAUAUGGUGGGUACCCGGGAGGUGGAUAUCCCGGAGGUGGACAUGGGGGAGGAUACCCUGGACAUGGUGGUGGGGGACGUGGACAUGGUGGUGGAGGACGCGGAAGGGGGCGGUGCUACUAUGGCUGCUGUGGCGGUGGCUACCACGGGGGGUGCAGGUGCUGUGCUUCCGCUGCCGAGGCUGCUCAAAUGGCGACAGAGGUCAAGCCCCAGAACUAAGGAAAACCGAAGUCCUCGAUCUAAAGAUAAUUAGUCCGUAUACGGAACUUGUUAUGUGCUCAUCGGGAUAAAUAAGUGCAAGAAGUAUCACAGCACGGUACGUGAGUUUGCCAUGUACACCAGGCUGGCUAUUAUAUCGAUAACUAGCAUGGGUUAAUGUGUGUGUUGUAAGGUUUGAUGAUCAAGUUACUUCUCAAUAAAAUCGUGAAGUUCUAGCUAAA